AUGAACUUAAUAUUGAUGCUGAAUGGUUUCCCUCCUAUCAUAAUCCCUGUUGAAGCUCGGGCUGACUAUUAUGACACUCUCAGUGCAGCCAAUCGUGGCGAUCUUCGCCCAUUCAUCCGUUUUAUCGCUGGUCAAACAGAUGCUGCUUUGCAGUUAUACAUCAAUGCUGCAACUACUUGCAAUCAUCGAGAAGCGUCUAGUGCAAGCGCUGAACCGGCAACGCCGCGAAUUUCAACGCAGUUGGUGGAUGUAUAUCAUUGA